UGGGUCGCUCUUUCUGGAUGUGAAGUUCUACAUGUAAAUACUUUUGGUCUCUACAUAUUUAAAACAAAAUAUGAGGGGAAAAGAAUAAAAAUCAAUUAAAUCAAAAUUUGAAUUAAUUAGAGAAAGUUACGGGUUCGUUGUUAAUUAUAAACAUGAAAAGGAAAUCUUUACCCAUGGACCCAGUGAACCACCUGAACAGUCAAUUUGAUGAGGAUUAUUUGAUAUUUGUAAAUAAAGAACGAAUUCAUAAGUAACGAAGCCUACCUUAUAUAUUUUCUCGCUAUACAACAUACAGUAUCAAGAACGUUAAAUCAGGUCAUGUGGUCACGCCAUACAACAUACAGCAUCAAGAACGUUACAUCAGGUCAUGUGGUCACGCCAUACAACUUACAGUAUCAAGAACGUUAUAUUAGAUCAUGUGGUCACUCCUGGUAGUCUGGUUCAUGCCAAAGCAUUCAUGUUUCAAUGUCUGUGAAUGGAAUUCAGCUUAUUAUGUUUCUCAGUCGUUCACUGACAUUCCAAAGGCAAGAAAAUACCCUGUAACUAAUUGCAACAGAAUAAAGAAAUCGCAUGCUCUUUCUCUUCAGUACACCUGGUUGCUUAUUUCUAUCUGUUAUGAAGCGUUUGCUAGAAUACGCCUUAUUUAUAUCUCGCUUUUGACGCCAGGAGCUUGCUGUGUUUAAUUUAGACCCACUUUAUCUGGAGUAAUAGAAUGCCGGCAAGUUUUGACAAAACGCGCAUAUCCCAUCCUUGGAUGUUUUCACUCUUCUGAAUUUGUGAAAAUUUGUCAACAUAGGCCCAUAAACUAGUCCAUUUCAGACCGAAAACACCCAGUCUCUGUUUGUAGUUACGCGAGGUCAAUAAGCUAAUUAGAUUUCGCACAAUACUCCAAAGGAGUGUAAAUGCAGUAUCAAUCAACAGUACCAACCACCGUGCGUAAUGGUAAAAAAGUGGUGUAUGCAGUUAAUUAAUACAUUGUUGCAGUCUGAUGGUCAUGCAAAAGUUGUUGUACAGGUGAGAAGUUCAUUAGAAAUAGACAAUAUCGAGUUUGAAAUCAUGUUAUGAUCUUCUCUUUUUCUGCUUACGACGAUUUGACUUUAUGAUGAUCCUUAGAAAUGGACUCAACCAAAAGGUUACAGGUCUUUUUUAUCUAUUAUUAGUUGUUUCCUGACCUUGUGAGUACGUACUGACCCAUGUAACGAUUCCAAAAGACAACAACCUAUAAUUAACGUGAAGAACUUUUAAGAGGGUAUGCCUUUAGGUGGAAUAUUGAUGUAAGGUACCGUGGGUCAAAAUUAAUUAACUACAUUUACACAAAGAGAUUGUGACUUACACAAUAGUUUGUGAGAGUGUGGCUUUAGUUCCAACAAGUUCUGCUUAGUCACCUUUUUCCCAAAUAAAAAUAAUUAAAAAAAAUAUAAAAAGGAAAUUCUUCAUCAGAUUAUGCAGGUAUUGUCAUUGCUUGAGCGACCAGUCUAAGUCUCUGUAACGAUAAAAAAUGUAAACGUUUUGUCCAACAUUCAGUGGAAAUAAACCACAUCAAAACAGAAAUAGUACUUUCAAUUUUUAAUACCUAAUCAAGUGUAACAAAAAUAAUUCAUGGGCUUUUUUUAGGCUUUCAUUUUCUCAAAUGCGAUUCGUCAAAAGCCUCUAGCAAUGUCAAUUAUCCUAAACGCAUGUAUAAUAACAGUGGGCCUGCCCAAGGAAUGCAGCAUGUAAAGUAGUUUACCCAUCUAAAUGAAUGAAAAAAGUGAUAUCACAUGAAUUCUGUUUUCUCUAGAAGGCUGACUGGGUGUGAGUAGAAUUGCCAAAAUAGGCUAAUUUCUAAGGCUAUACGCCAAGAUUCUACGUAUUUAUGUCCUGGCUCUGUAUCUGCUUUGCAGCGAAGAGAAACAUGUACUUGUCGAGUUUGCUGUUCCACCAUUUUCUUUGUGGAUUAGUCACGUUAAAAUCCUAGAUGAGUUUUGAUCGACAGCAAUCAUGCCACAUUCCGUCAAUAUACAUAUUUAAUGCCAAGUUGAUGGUGAUUUUGCACCAGUUAUUCAGUUAUCGUGCCAGUAUUGUAUUUAACCGACGUUAAGUUAGUUCUCACGAUUGUUAACACAUUGCUGCCAACUUUCAAAAUACUGCUGUACUAAAUUCCUAUGCAAACGCUUUCAAUAAAGACAGAGAUCUACGAAUAAAUUUAAUACCACGGAACUUGUUUGCAUGUAUUAAUAUGACACCAGUACUUUUCGGCUGCGUACCCCUUCCCCUCUUUUUAAAUGAAUUUUCUCAUUAAAUCGCCCAAUAUAACCUUGGGUAGCCCUGACACAAAGACUCCCUAGGCUCAAAGUCACUUUGAACAGUUGUUAAAUAUUUUCAAUACACAAACCAGGGUCUAUUGAACUUAGCAAAGGUGAACUUUUCAACUUUGACUCCUUGACCCAAAACAACCAGUGCCGACAGUGUUUAAUGUAAGAUUCUGUUCAGUCAUUUCUCCUUACACCAGUUCUAUUGUACGCAUUUAGUGCGACCGAAAUUGAAUUUCCUGGUUCAGUGUAGGGUAUCACUUGACUGUUGGUAGUGUUACCAGGCUAAGUGCAGAUCUAAACAACGAUGAAGAUUAGACUGGGAACAAACGAUAGCUAUUCACUCCAGUGUCGCACUCUACAUUAACGGCAGGUGCAGGAAUAUGGUGCUAAGAUACAUGAAUGUCAUUGUAGUCUGGUGGUCAUGCUAUUUUACAGCAGUUGAUGGCCAGAUUGUAGCAGUCAGCCUGCUGUCUAAUGAAGGUUUCGUUGGAAGCCCCUCUACACUAUCGUGUAACUACACUGUAUCUGACGCCAGAUACGCGUUAUGGGAUUUAGACUGGUUUAAAGGAAGCAGCACAUACGACCCGCUGACGAUUGCUAUCGCUGAUUUCUAUGCGGGAGUAACAAGUCCCCGUCUGUUCAAUGGUUACGAUGACAUUUCAAAAUACAAUAUAUCCCGUAACAAUGAUAGUUUGGUGAGCACGUUGCAGAUUUUAUCAUUGAAUUUCACUAAGGAUUCAGGGAGAUAUUGGUGUAGAGUGACAGUCAGACACAAAGACAGCUCUGUAGACCAAGCUGCAGCUUCAGCAGAGUUGAUUAUUUUUAUGCUUCCCACAAGUAUCGCCUUGUCUGACUCAACUGGGACCUACCCAUCCACUGGAGGCACAGCCUAUCUGGUAGAGGGAGUGAACCAUCGAUUCAACUGUACCGUACCUGGCAUCAACCCAAGGGCAUCAUUCAGCUGGUCUGUUGGAGGUAGAAACGCCACAGAGGAUAACAGCAAUGACAUCGUAGCUGCUGAUGGGUUGACCAUCAGCAGCAGUACAGUCACCUUGUCACCAGUUUGGAUGAAUCAUGGAGAAGCUUUGUUGUGCCGAGCCUCCAAUAAAGAAGGUCACGCUGGGAUAAGUGGCAGUCUGACACUUGAUAUUAAAGUGCCACCGAAGAGUUCAUCCAUGACACUAUCUGACGCAAAUGGAGUUUUCACGCCGGGAGGUACAGUCAUGGUAGACCAAGAUGCAUCACAUGUCUUCACCUGUCAGGCACAAUCCAGACCAGCAGGCAUCAUUCAGUGGGAUCUUGGUUCCAAUAGCUACCAGCAGAGUACUAUCGGCCCUACCACAAGAGGACCUGGUGAUGGUUUGGUUUAUACAACCAGCAUGUGGACAUUUACACCUGGCCGAGACAAUCACAGACAGCAGGUGAAAUGUGAGGCCAAUACUACAGAGUCACAACCACCAUUACCAUCAGUUAUGGUGACACUUGAUGUCAACGGCCCCCCGAGUAUCCCUGUUAUCACUGGCAGCUCAUCCAUGACUGAGAAUGUCCUGACUACAUUGUCAUGUACAGCAGACGGGGGAUACCCUGAUGAUUGGAGUCUGGUUUGGUCUAAGGGAGGUUCGUCUAUAACUGGACCAACGACAAGCUCGUCGGCAUCAGGGAGUCGCUACAGCUUCAUGAGCACACUAAAUUUCACACCAGUGAGACAGGAUAAUGACAACAUCAUCACGUGUGCAGCAAGGAGAUCCUCAGGGACGCCAGGGCUCAUGGGAUCUCUUGGUCCGAUUGAUGUUCAGUUUUGUUCCGAAAGGGUUAGCGUCAGCUGUCCUUUGAGUGCUGCCUCAGGAAGCAUUGAGCAAUUAAGCUGCCAAUCAGAUAGCAGCAACCCGGCAACAGCAUUAGUUUGGUCCAAAAAUAACGUCGUCCAAACAAGUCCAGCUCCUGUAAAUGAAGAUGGUAACUACGGUGGCUACGUGACAACACUCAGGUUGACAACAGGUGCAUUGACUAAGGCAGAUAACGGAGCUACAUACAAAUGUUGUGUGAUGACAACUCUAUCCUGUACUGGUACUGUCUGUGAUUUCUGUGUACUGAAUGUAGAAUAUCCUCCAGACUUUUCUGUGCCAACUCUCAUGCCAACCAGACCUGUAGAAGAGGGCGAUACAGUAAUCCUGUUCUGCGGUGCAGAUGCUAAUCCUAAACCCAUCAACUUCAUUACGUGGGAGAGGGUCGGGUCUCUGGACUCAUUACCCUCUGUCUACAGUGAUGGUACAAGUAACCUUACACUAAGCAGCAUCACAAAGGAGCAGGCUGGGUCAUACAGGUGUCGAGGCAACAACGGCGUACCACCUGUUGUGCAUUCCAGCUCCGUUGACGUCAUUGUGCAUUAUGGAGUGGAGAUUUUAAAUAAGAAUGAUACCUCAGUUGGGGCAAACACUGGCUUCAAUGCUACACUUGUAUGUGUAGCCAAGGGUCAUCCCCUUCCCAGGAUGACAUGGCAGGGCCCAGAUGGUGUAGAGAUAACUAAUCAGACCAAUCCUGGAAGGAUAUUUCAGGUCGAUACCAUUAUUGAAGGAGAUGAUGUGUAUGGAUUCAUCAUUAGAAGCAUUGUAAAAAUCAUCCAAGUGACUCCAAUGGGAGACUACGGUUCUUAUACAUGCAACAGCGGUAAUGGGAUUGGAAUGGUUGAUACCCUGACCAUUGUUUUGAAUGAUAAAGUAAAACCGUUGCCACCAGAGGAUGUGUCAGUCAACCCAAAUACAGUCACAGAAUCUUCGGUUAGGAUUUCUUGGAGACCUGGGAAUGAUGGAGGCGAAGCUCAGUGGUUUUUCGUCAAUUACCGCGAAGUGGAAACAACGGCAGUGUUCGACCCCGACACCCGGACCAGAAUAGACGAUGAUGUCUUUGAGUAUGUGAUUGAAGGACUUCUUCCCUACACUUUGUAUGAGAUCGAGAUUUUCGCUGAGAAUCAAAAUGGUGUUGGCAAAAGCGUCAAACAGAAUUUUAGGACUCGACCUGACACUCCUGAAAAUUUAGGUAUUGUUGUCACCACAAAUCAAGAAACAGGAAGCAUAUCAGUUGACGGUAUUCCCCAAGAUGGCGACGCAUCAACGUGUUUACAGAUACAAGCUCGUCUUAUGGAUCAGAGUCCAUGGUUUAAUUAUGGGGGCUGUCUCGAGACAAACACAGAUCUAGCCAUUCAAGAGGUUCGAUCCAGCUAUUGUCGAAAUGGUUUCUGCAGUCUGGCUACGUCUGCAUUGUCAGUACAAGGACAGUCCAGUAAUGCUGGAUUGAUCGCUGGCCUGGUGAUUCUUGCCAUCAUUGCAUUAAUCAGCAUCACGUUGAAUGUUGUAACAAUCAGAGACAUCAGAAGAAGUAGAGGAUUACAAGGAGCAAACAGAAAACGUGUCCCGAAAGAGUCCAGAAAACACACGCCUGAGGGGAAACGUGCUGUCAUUAAUGAGGCGGUGGAAUACCAAGACUUGGACGUACCCUUGCAAGUAUUGGCCGUUAAGAGCAGUAGUAGUCCAAGUACAUCGGCCUACGCCAGUAUUUCUGAAACUGUCUCGGCAUUCUCGCGAGACAAGCUGACAAUUGAACGUGAACUUGGACAAGGUGCCUUUGGAAAGGUGUUGCUGGCGAAAGCCAGUGGUAUUGUCCAGUUAGGAACUGUAACUCAAGUAGCAGUUAAAACCCUGAGAGAUGAUGCAGAUCUUAUGGAGAGGGGAGAUUUACUACGAGAGUUGGACUUCAUGAAACAACUUUCAAGCCACGCGAAUGUUGUCAAGCUCCUUGGCUUUUGUGAUGAUGGAGAUCCGAUUUUUAUCAUCAUGGAGUACAUGACUAAAGGCCCACUCAAAGAUCUCUUAACAAGCAGUCGAGGAAAGGGAAUGCAAGUGUACAGCAACCUUCAUGGAAGGAGUAAAUCUCUGACAUCCAGAGACCUCAUCAAGUUUGCUAAGGACGUGGCUGACGGUAUGGCCUUCCUUGCUUCACAGCAGUGCAUUCACAGAGACUUAGCUGCUCGUAAUGUUCUAGUUGGUGAGAACAUGGUGUGUAAGGUGUCUGAUUUCGGACUUGCUCGUGACAUCAAGAAUAAGAGAAUGUACCAAAGACAGUCGGAGGGACGGUUGCCUAUUCGUUGGAUGGCUCUGGAAUCAGUUGUUGACGACAUCUACACAACGGAGAGUGACGUAUGGUCUUACGGUAUACUUUUGUGGGAAAUCGUAACACUUGGUGCUCGUCCAUAUCCUACUAUGAGUGCCAAGACAAUGAUAACUGAGUUACAGGAAGGAUACCGCAUGCCAAGACCCGACCACUGCCAAGACGAAAUAUAUCAGAUGAUGUUGGCCUGUUGGGAGGAGGAAUCUACCGCACGACCGUCUUUCACAGAGAUCGGUCAGAAGCUGGAGAAAGCACUCGAGUCACCACAUGAGUGUAUAACGUUGUCAGACUAUCAAGGGAUUCAAUACGAAGUCACAAUUCCAGACUCUCCUGAUGAGAGGAUCUAGCAGAAAGAAAGGAUAUAAACCAUUGUGAUGAUGGCAAAAGCAUCCUCUACAUUAGCAGGGAAUGAUAAUAUUGAGUGUACUACAUUCAACAAGUGAAAUUUAUGUUUGAGUAACAUUUAAUUGAGAUUAAAAUUGUUUGGAAUGCAGUUCACUGCAAUUAAAACUGAGGUACAAUUUCGAUAUGCUUGACUGAAAUCAAUUUCACUGUCAAUCAAGUUAUCACUACCGCAAUCUGUAACUUGAGCAAUAGUGACUUCAUCAUCCCUUUUGUUAAUCUGUUUUGGUUCUUAUUAACCGACCUUCCAGUUCAACUAGAAUGAAAAGUUUGCCAAGAAGGUUCCAUAAAAUUGAGGAGUAAGCCGCACCUUGUUAUUAGAUUAGAUAACUACUAAAAUAUUCCGGUAUUUUGGCCCCAGAAUAUCUCAUGGUCAUUGCUACCCAACUGUCCCAGUAUUAAUCACAAAUAAGGUCAAUUCCUGUCCUAGACAGCCUCACAAAUGGGUUGUUAAAGUUUCGUAAUUAUGAAUAUUAUGUAAAAAUUGGCAGAUAGCUUUUUGGAAAUAUGGUUUUAAAUUAACAGGAAACAACGUGUAAAUUUUAAUGUAAACUGUUUUUGUUUUUAAAAAUAAUCAGUUAAAAAUAUACAAAUAACUUAAAUGUGUUUUCAAAGCCUUUGACCUGCUAAAAGUAAAUCAACUCGAGUACAUAUAUAUGUGUGUUUUUUAUUUUGUAAGUUUGCGUUAUACCCACUUUGUUGAAGACGAAGGACUUCUCAUAAAAGGAGAUCAAAAAAUUUAAUGAUUGUUGUUAUAUUGAAGAAACUAUGACGGAAAAAAACGGAUGUCAGUAUUUAUUGAUGUACUGAGACACUGAAGCCAUAGACGUUGGACAGAGACAAUUCCCGUCUGUUGUCAUGUUAUAAACAACGUAAAAACCCCAUUAUAGUGGGCUCUAUGCCCAAUCACACUGUGACACUUGCAAAUACUUGCAAAAUGCACCAUCAGUUUUCUUUCUUCAUUGAUUUAGAUAGAUGCUGAGAAAAUAUGUUGUAUUUCUCAUUUUGGAAAAUCGUUUGGUGAUCGUUUAGAAUUUUGGGUUUUGCAUCCAUUUAUUAUCCAUUCAUGUUUUGUAAUGUAAAGGGACGGCUUGCGUUAAUCGAUCAGUUCUUGUCAGAAAAGGUUAGAUUAAAAUUUGAUUUUGUUUUCUAAAACGCUGUUUAUUCCUUUGAGUUUAUUUCUUGCUAAAUUGCACUGUCUUUAAUUUUUUGAUCUGUUUUUUUUUCUCAAGGAUGAACUUGCAGGGGGAAAAAUGUUAAUUAAUUUUGAGUUUUUGCCCUGCCCGCAGUGUGUUGUAACAAUGUAUACUCAGUGUUUGCCUCCGAAGGCUUGUGAAAAAAGCCACAAGCGUUCGCAGCAGGACUUCAACGCACGAUUUCCAGCCGAUUUGUUGAUCGAUUUUUACGUGUAUAGCUUUUACCUUAAGACUAUAUGUACUACAGCAUAUUAUUUCGUAGUAUUUCAUCUGCCUAUACGAGAACACUAAAAUGCAUUUAUUUUCAUGAAUUAUACUGUAGAUUUUCGGAAGCUAGAGGCUAUUGCAGCAGGAAAUUUCUGUUUCAGGUCAGCUAAACUUCAGCCUCAAUCAAAUAUUUCAAGGUGGUCUUUUGCUUAUUUCAUUAAGAGGUGAGAAUAGAACAAAGUUACUCAUUCUAAAGGACUGCACUUUUUUCUAAAACCUAGGGUUCCACGAGCCCGCCAUCGCAGGGAGAGGCUGGGAACUUUCAGGCUUUGUACGCACAAAACAUUUUGGGUGAUUCGCUGUAGUAAUUAGCGCAUGUAUUUGCAAGGUGCACUCGUCAAGUAUUUGCCAUUCCAGGUGCCGUGUCGGUGGCACCGAAUCCCGAGCAAAUUUGGAAACUUGACAGAGAAGACAGAGCAGACGGAAUGACGUUAUACUUUGAUAAAAUGUAACCUGUAUACAUAAUUUAACAUAUAUUUCAAUUCUGUAAACGCUCAUAAAGACGCUUUAAAGGGAACACUGUAGAUGUAAUAUGUAUACUUUGUAAAACCGUACUAAAUGAUGGAUAUGUCAUCUUAUACUUUGCAUACUGUUCAACACGACGUUUUUAUACGUUUCACUGACAAACAUCUUGUUCCAAAUGUGUAGGUCAGAAAUCUUGUUCAGGGGUAUCGUAUGGUCAGUUUGUAUGCAUUUGAAUCUGGAAUACAUACCACUUGUCUCGUACUAGAUAUUAGCAUUCACAGUAUAAGCGGCGGUUGUUAUGAUCAAACCAGUCUGAGGUACCACUACCUUUGCUGCAUUUUUAGUGAUCCGGGCAUUACAUAGGUUUAUCCGUAUUUUCACACUA